AUGAAAAAGGCGCGAACUGAGAUAGAUUUGGAACAGUUGGGACUUGGAGAUACAAGAAUUAGGAGGGAUAUCGCANGUGGGUUGCUCAUACAAAUCCCGGGCAAAGAAGGAAAGGAUAAAGCGCGGCAACUGCAGAAUAAGCUACANAAGGUGCUUGGCCAGGAGGCACGCAUAACUAUUCCCUCGAAGCGAGCCGAGUUGCGUAUUAUAGGNUUUGAUGAUUCUGUGACGGAAAAAGAAAUCAUCAGUCAGGUUACAAAUGUGGCUGGAUGCAAUUCGAGCGAUGUGAAAAUGGGAGCGAUCAGACAUCUGGCGAGUGGUCUGUGUGCCAUAUGGAUCCAGUGCCCGGCGGAUUCGGCUCAGGCCAUAAUUAAAGCUGGUCGCAUUAGAUUAGGGUGGACGUCAGCCCGAAUCGUAUUGCUCCCUCCGAGAAAACUCCAGUGCUUUUGUUGCCUCGAAUUUGGGCACGUGAGGAUCAUGUGCCCUAGCACUGAAGAUAGAAGUAGCCUGUGCUACAAAUGCGGCGAAACGGGACACAAGGCGUUAACAUGUGUCAACCGUGUUNGCUGCCCAGUGUGUGCCUCAUGUGGUGCAGCCGCAGACCACAGGAUCGGUGCUGAGAAGUGUACGGCCAGAAAGAUCGGUGGCAGAAUUAAUAUGCGUACAAUGGCUACGGGAGCAAAAGAUCCAGUAGCAUCAUGUAGGGAGCCCAGCAUUCCACUAGUGAGCGUUGAAUCUGUCGGUGGGGGUCCGACAGAAAAUGACGGCACAAUGGAAUUAUGUUAA